AUGUUUAAAAACAGAAUAUUGGCUCACUCCUACUCCUACUCAAUUGGUAGCUAUUUAAGAAGAACCAAUAGAGUUCAUCAGCAUCAGUUUCAUCUGACCGCAUUCAAAAUGAUGUUCCGCAUCCUUCUCGCCUUCUGCCUCUUCUCCACUGCUGCCUCUGUCACCUUGGUCAUCUGCCAACAGUACUGUUCUUCUGUCCAAGGAGCAGCAUCUUAUGACAACUGUGCUCCAUGGAACAGCUAUGCCCUCGCCUCCAACCAAACCUGCUACAACCUCUGUGUUCAUAACUGUGCUGCUGUCUACGAUGGAUCGUGCAUGACUGGAGAUGGAUUCAAAUCAAAAUUCACUUUACUGACAGGGCAAAUUGGGUAUGGCGGAUCUUUCCUCUGGAAAAACGGAAAUGAAAUACAAACUGACAUUCUAUUGAAAAUAAAGCAGUAUAAGUUUUUGCUGAUUGUAUAA